AAAUAUCAAACGGAACCAAAUAUUGCCUAGCAAUUAAUCAACGAUGACACUGAAAAAGGGAAAAUUUCAACCCACAGUGAAAUGCAAAACAUAACUUUGUAAUAGCAUAACAUAAAACCUAAAAAAAAUGCUAAAAGUGUACAUUUUUUGCUUGUUUUUUACCAACACUUAAAAAAACAUUUUAUAUUUCAAAUAUAUUUGCCAACCUGUUUAAACAACUAAUUACAUUUCUCUUACAAAAUCGAUACCAUAUUAAAUUUGAGCUAUCUACUAACAUUAUUACCGUGACCCAACCGUUUAACGUUUAGAAAAUGAGAAGGCUCGCGGUAUUAGCUUUAUGGCUUCUUGCCGUAGUUUUUUCUGUUGAGGCAUGGACGAAAGCAAUGGAAAAUCCGAGCCUUUACCAAGGCGACAUGAUUUUAUCCCCAGCUCAAAGGGAAUAUUUCAUGAAAGGAAGAUCAAAAGCGUAUGGAUCAAUUGCAGAUGUAACAAAACUAUGGCCAAAAGGAGUAGUACCUUAUGUGAUUACAUCGUCAUUGCAAAAAAACAGUAAAGCUAUGAGUGAAAUACAAGAAGCUUUUAAUCAAUAUCAUAAGUAUACUUGCAUCCGUUUUGUCGCGAGAAAGAAAGAAAGAGAUUACAUCAAAUUUUACCAAGGAAACAGUUGUUCAUCAAUGGUCGGCAAACAAACAUGGGCGCAACUUAUUUCUUUAGCUUCAGGAUGCUGGUGGAGAACGACUAUAAUGCACGAAAUUGGACACGCCCUGGGUUUUGAGCAUGAACAAUCAAGACCAGAUCGAGACAAAUAUGUUGAGAUAAUUUGGGGAAAUAUUCAUUCAAGUGUACGUUCUCAAUUUGAAAAACUACCGGAUUCAAUAAUAAAUUCACUUGGAACGCCUUACGACGUAAGAUCCAUGAUGCAUUACGCUUGGAAUUCAUUCAGUAAAAAAAUGAGCAUUCGCACACUUGAUCCGCGUGAUCAGUAUGAAAUUGGCCAAAGAGAUGGAUUCUCACAUAUAGAUAUUCAACAAAUUAACCUAUUGUAUCGUUGCAAUGGUACAUACCCCACUUUACCACCGUACGUGAAACCACCCAAAGGUUGUUUUGAUAUAAGUCCAUUCUGUGCUAAGAAUGCUUUUGAAGGAAAAUGUAACCAGCCUAGUUGGAAAUGGUUUAUGAGCAAAGAAUGUAGAAGAACGUGUAAGUUGUGCGAAAGUGAUCCUAACACAUCCAAGCCGUUUACUGCUGCCACAAAGAGAAACACCAAAACAACAUCAAAAGCUGCCACAACGACAAAAGCAACAACAACAACAAAGAAGUCAGGAGGGCGAGUGACACAGCCGACAAAGUUCAGUUCAACCAGUAAGACUGUUUGCCAAGAUCGUGUAAACUGCUUGCAAUUUCCGAAAGAACGUUGCAACAGCACUAACAAUUCUUGGAAAUAUUAUAUGAGCAGGAGUUGUAAGAAAUAUUGUGGACUUUGUUAAACUAUAAAAUAAAUAUUGUAUCAGUCGAAGAUCUUA